AUAUAUAUAAUAGAUUUGCUGCUUCUGGUGAUAUAAUGCAUUCUACUGUGUCUCAAGUAGAAUUUCUUCUUGAUAAUGAUAUUCCAAUAUUGUUUUUUGUUGGAGAUGCUGAUUUCAUUUGCAACUGGAUUGGUAGCAAUGAAAUGAUCGAAUCAUUAAAAUGGAAAUGUCAGCAAGAAUUUAAUAAUGCUAAAUUCCAAGAUUGGAAGGUGGAUGGAGUAAAAGUUGGUGAGAUUAGAAAGGUUAAAAAUUUAUG